GGAUGUCGCCGUGUAUCUGUCCAGGACAGAAUGGCUCCUCUUGGAUGAGGCUCAGAGACGCCUGUACCUCGAUGUGAUGCUAGAGAACUAUGCUCUUAUAUCAUCCCUAGGUUGCUGCUGUGGAGCAGAGGAUAUGGUGCCACCCACUGAACAGAAUAUCACUGUAAGAGUCUCAGAGGCUAUGAAUCUGAACUCAGCACUGUCUUCCCAGAAGAGCCACCCCUGUGAGAGUUGUGGAUGUGUCUUGAGAGACAUUUUUCUCUUGGAUGACCAGCAGGGAAUGCAACGGGGCCCAACUCUGCUGCAGUGUGGGGCAUGUGCAAAACCAUUUUAUUUCAGUGCACAGAGUCACCAACACCAGGAGCAGGGCACAAUGCAGAAUAGUUUCGUAAGCAAUGUGGACAGGGUCUCAUUCGCAGAGAGCUGCAAUUUCCAUGUGUCGUGGAAUCCUUGUACCUCUAGUCAGGUUGGAAAAUGCUUCCUCAUUAACUCUGGAGAUCUUGAGCAACUAAAUGCUUACACCAUGCACAAGGAAAAUGAAAUCUCUAAGUCUGGAAUGACUUUUCAAUCUGCACAAUAUUACACCUCAAGUGAAUGCAAGAAAGCCAUUGGCUGUGAUGACAUACUUGUUGAGGACCAGAGAUUCCUUAUUGGAAGACAGUGUUUUUUGUGUUGUGAAUGUGGGAAGUCUUUUACCAGAAUUUCUGCAUUCCGUGUUCAUCAGAGGGUUCACACAGGAGAAAGACCUUAUGAGUGCAGUGAAUGUGGGAAGUCUUAUAGCAGAAUUUCUGCCCUCCGUGUUCAUCAGAGAGUUCACACUGGAGAAAGGCCUUAUAAGUGCAGUGAAUGUGGGAAAUCUUUCACAAGUAGCCCUGCCGUCCAAGUUCAUCAGAGAGUUCAUACUGGAGAAAGGCCUUAUAAAUGUGGUGAAUGUGGGAAAUCUUACACCAGUCACUCUGGUCUCCGUCAUCAUCAGAAAGUUCACACUGGAGAAAGGCCUUAUGAGUGUGCUGAAUGUGGGAAAUCAUUUAAGCAAAAAGAGAACUUUAAUUCUCAUCAGAGAGUUCACACUGGGGAAAGGCCGUAUAAGUGUGGUGAAUGUGGAAGAUCUUUCACCAGUAGCUGUGGCCUCCGAUAUCAUCAAAAAGUUCACACUGGAAAAAGGCCUUAUGAGUGUGGUGAAUGUGGGAAAUCUUUUACGCAGAGCUGUACCCUCCGUCGUCAUCAGAAUGUUCACACUGGAGAAAGGCCUUAUAAGUGCAGAGAAUGUAGUAAAUCUUUUAUCCGUAGCUGUGACCUUCGUAAACAUCACAGAGUUCACACUGGAGAAAGGCCUUAUGAGUGCAGGGAAUGCAGAAAAUCUUUUAUCUGUAGCUCCUACCUCCGUCAUCAUCACAGAGUUCAUAUAGAAGAAAGGCCUUACAGAUGCAGUGUAUGUGGAAAAUCUUUUACCCAAAACUCUGAGCUUCGUAAACAUCACAGAAUUCACACUGGAGAAAGGCCUUAUGAGUGUAGUGAAUGCAAAAAAUCUUUUACCCAUAGCUCUUCCCUCCGUCAUCAUCUCAGAGUUCACACUGGAGUAAGACCUUAUAAAUGUGGUGAAUGUGGUAAAUCUUACACCAGUUGCUCUGGUCUCCGUCAUCAUCAGAAAGUUCACAAUGGAGAAAGGCCUUAUGAGUGCAGUGAAUGUGGGAAAUCUUUUACCCAUAAGUUUAUUCUCCGUAGUCAUCAGAAAGUUCACACCUAAGAAAGCCCUUAUGAUUGUGGUGAAUGCAGAAAAUCUUUUACCAGUAGCUCUGAACUUAGUAUACAUCACAGAGUUCACACUGGAGAAAGGCCUUAUGAGUGCAGUGAACAUGAGAAAUCUUGUACCUGUAGCUCUGCCCUCUGUUUUCAUCAAAGUGUUCACACUGUAUGAAAUAGUUACAAGUACACUAAAAGGGGAAUUCCUUUAUGUGUACCAGUAAAGUCAGAGAAGCAGUAACCUCCAUUACCAUGACAGAGUUCACACCAAAGAAACACUUAUGAGGGUGAUGAUUGUGGGGAAAUCUUUUAUCUGUUGCAUUAAGUAUUAUUAUUAUCAGAGACUACACACAGGAGCGAAGUGUUAUGGCUGCAGGGAAUGUGGGAAAUGUUGUUUUAUCAGUAACUUAUGUUUCCUUUGGAGACUUCACAUUGGAGAAAGACCUUACGAAUACAGUGAAAGUGGGAAGUCAUUUUUUCUGUAGCAGUCCCCUUUGUUGUCAUCAGAGAGUUCACCCUGGAGAAUGGGCUAUGACUGCAGUGAAUGUAGAAAUGUUUUUCUUGUAUCGUUGAUUUCCACUAGUAUAAGUUUAUACUGUCAAAAUGCAGUUUGAGUGAUAUGAAUAUGAGAAAUGUUUUAACUCUAGCCAUUCCCUUCAUUGCCAUUAGAGAAUUCACAAAGUCUACAUACAAUAUGAGAUUUUUCUUUUUUC